AUGUAUGUUGACCCUUACAUUCGUAUAUCACACAAUAGACAUUGGUUGACAAAUAAUGCUAAAAAGAACAAACACAAUAAAUCUCAAGCAACAGCAUCGACACCAGUACUGAUAAAGAAGAAAAGUAGGCAUUUACAACAUGAAAAAAAGUUCAAUCCUGAAGUGAUUGACACUUUCUGCUUUCACUGGCCCGACAUGCACUCGUAUGUGCUUGUUCGAGUGUUGGAAUCCACCAUUGCCAUACUACCUGUACGAUCGAGGCUUGCCUUUCUUUAUUUCCAUCACGCUACUUUGCCUACACAUCCCUCGCCUCAAGAUUUACGAAAAGCAUUACGUCCCGUCGCUGCAGCGCGUGGUUCUUCUAAACUAAUUCAUGACAUGUUCAAAAGCUGGAAACACACUUUAGCCAUUGACGAGGAGAACCUUGGAGGAGGAGGAGGCACUGGUAAUGCAAAUGCAGAGCAUGACGAAGAAGAUUUAUUCGCAAAUAAAAGCGAUAGCAACAGUAGCAGCGACGAUAAUAAUAAUACCAAUACCAGUAAUACUUCUUCCUCGACAUUCAACAAUUUGACAGAAACACCACCGUCAACGCCCAAAGUCCAUGCAAAUGUUACACUCAGUGAUGUCUUGUCAUAUGAACGAAAUUUGCGCAAUGGUUGGAUUCAUGCGCCUUGCACAGUGACAGAUGACGAAAACAUGUUUGAUAAUAAUGUCAUUUUAACAACAAGGCAUACUGAACUCAAGCUAACGGCUCGAUGCUUCUCGGAAAAGAUGAUGUUUAUGAAUUUGGUUAAACUGCAGCACACUAUUUUGCGAAAUCUUACGUUGGACACAGAAAACCCCAACAUUGAUGCCAACGAAGGAUCUGGCAUUGAUGACGAUGACAACAGUGCUCAUCCUACUACUCGUCGACCAUCGUCAAAGUCAAAUGCAACUACAAUUGGAGUUCGAGAAAUAUCAAGCAGUGUUGUAGUGGAGAGUGUACAGAGAGAGACUGAGCAGGAAUUGCACAACAUUCAACAAUUGAUUUGCAGAAUAAACGCUGCCAAGCAAGAUAUAUCCGAUUAUACUCGGCAAUUGUUGGAACUAGAUCAAUCUCUAGAUUCCACAAUGGAUACAACUCUGAAUAUACAGUUUGGCCCGCUUAAGCGAGUACUGGAUUAUGUGAAUCACCAAUUGGCUGAUUCAAUUACUCAAUACCAUGUUGAUCGAUCGAGGAUUGCUCAAUUGCAGGAACGUGUUUCUGUGCACACGGCCUUUCUGAAAGGCGCUUCCCAACGAUAUGAACAGAUCAAGAAAAGAGUUCGUAGUCAUGCUUGGUAUCCUUGGUUAUAUACAGGGUUAGCUGGUCUAGUUUUGCUGAUAUCAAUAACUGCUGCAUACUACUUUUACUACAUCAAUUGA